AUGCUUAAUGAGAUGCUGAAAGGUUAUGACUUUUGCUGUCGUUUCGAGAUCGGGUUAUCACUGUUUGUGUCGUUGGGCAGAUGUCAAAGUGGUACGCAGCGCAACCCCGCUCCCAUCACCCACCUUAUCGAUAGCCAUUCUCUGAUUGGGACGAGACCGAACCGCCCAGGGUUAGGGCUGAGUGAUGACGUUGCAUCCAGUGGUCCAGGACCAUGUGGGCGGGCGGCUCUUAGCGGCCUAUUAUUGGGUUGCACUUGGGCAGGCCUUCCAGGUUGCUCCGUCUUACUACAGGGCAUUGUCUGCCUGCGAUGUCGCAAUGUGAUUCAUCGCUAUCAAUGUCCAAACAGCUCCCGCUGUCCGCUCAUAUUAUUCCAGCUCUGUAAUGGUUGUUUUAUCUUCAUUCUCUGCGCGCUUGUUCAAACUCUUAUAGCACCACGGUCCCUCUAUUUACCGCCGCUGGUAAACUACCUGAUUUACGGUCCCUCGAUCAGGAACACCUGUGGUCAGCCGUGCCCACCGUUUGGUUUCCACCUUUGCCGUUCUAUAUCCUUGUCAUCACAUUGCAUGUUCACAAUGGGGCAGUUUUACGAAACAAUUCCCGAGUCCCUUGUCAAAUGGAUACUGGCCCAAAAAGUGUUUUGGGUGGCCACCGCCCCUCUGUCGCCGGAAGGACAUGUCAACGUAUCUCCUAAAGGCGGCCCCUAUUUCGGCAUCCUCGACACCAAGACUUUCUGGUACCUCGAUCUCAGUGGUUCCGGCAAUGAGACCAUAUCUCAUCUGUACGAAAAGAAUAACGGACGGAUAACCGUCAUGUUCAACGCAUUUGAAGGGCCACCACGCAUCGUCCGCCUGUUCGGCCACGGCACAGUGCUCGAAAAUGGAACAGACUCCUUCAAUACUUUUGUCAAGAAGCACGAGGUCAGGCUCCUUCCCGGAGCAAGAAGCAUAAUUCUUGUCCAUGUGCACCAGGUUGGGAGCAGUUGUGGCUUCUCUGUCCCUUAUUUCGAAUUCAAAGAUUGGCGAACAACCUUGAACGAAUUCUUUGCGAGGAAGGCCGACAGGUUUGACAAGGGAGAUUCCAAGGAGAGCAUAGAGAAGUACUGGGCGCUCAAGAAUUCGGAAAGUGUAGAUGGUUUGCCAGGCUUAGACAUUGCCAGAAAGACAGCCAAGGAAGACGGGAUCGUACCUCUCACCAAGAUGGUAGGUGCUGGCGCCACACAUGGAGGGCAGAGGACACGGAAGCAGCUGUCGUUUGGAGUACUGCAUCUUGCCCUUGUGGCAGUCAUUGCCUCCUUCGCCACCGUAUUUUUGCAGCCCGUGUUUGGCGAGCUUUUGAAGAGUCUGGAGAGCACGUUUCAGCAUUGA